CGCGCCCCGUCCGGGUGACCGGAAGCUCGGGGGCGGUAUGCAAGUACUUUGUGGUGAUUGUUUGCAUAAUAAGAUGCCAUUCAUUAUCCCUGCCAGACCAGGAACCAUUUUUGGAGAGCCGCCCGUCAGACUUGACCAAACAGGUCCUACGGCCCCUGUUUCAUCCCGUCAAGGCAGGGCAAACCUGUACUGUCGAAAUUCUCCUGGACCUCAGUACCUGCCUCUCCGAAAUAACCUGCAGCCCCCGCAUGACGAACCCUUGAUUGAAGGGGAGGUUCCAUCCGGGCCAGCUCGGAGCGAUGCGGAGAAAAAUGCUGGAUAUAGUGCUGGGGGUUGCGGAGUCGCGGGGUAAAGUCAGCACGAAAUUACGGCUUGGCGGGCUUGGGUGUAAGUGGAAUAAAAAUAGGAUCAUUCCCAUAGAAAGAGAACCUUCUGUUCAGCUCGGGCAUACCUCCAGGUCAACUAUAAGGUCAACUGCCGAUCGUAGCUACGAUGCUCGCCCGAAACUCGCUGCCUGCCCUGCUGCUCGCGGCGUCGGCUGUGGGAAAAUACAUCGUCCCUGGGGGCAGGUGGUAUGACACGGAUGGGAAUCUGGUCAAUGCUCAUGCGGGUUGUGUGAUCACUGAGGAGAAAACGGGGACUUUUUACUUGUUUGGGGAGUACAAGAUUGAGGGUCAGGAGGAAGGUGGAGGUGUGAGUGUUUACAGUUCGGAUGAUCUGGGAACGUGGACUUCGCAUAGACUUGCGCUUGAGCCUGUUGAGGGGCAUCCGUAUUUGGAUCCCAGCAUGAUUAUACAGAGACCUAAGGUCGUGUAUAGUCACGGCACGGGUGAAUAUCACAUGUGGUGGCAUGCUGAUAACUCAAGCUAUGGUCUCCUACUCCAAGGCUUCGCCACCUCGCCUAAUAUCGCCGGCCCAUACACCUUCCAGGAUGCCACUGCACCGCUGGGUAACUGGUCGCAGGACUUCGGUCUUUUCACCGACUACAAGGACGGCCGGUCGUACUCUCUGUACUCGAACGGAGACCGUCGUGAGGCGCGCGAUAUCUACCUCACCGAGUUCAAUGAGGACAUCACGGCUUUAGACGAGGUCAUCUACACGUUUCCCAAGUUCGACCUCGAGGCGCCGACGAUUGUGCAGACGGAGAAGAGUUAUUAUGCGCUUAUGAGUCACAAGACGGGCUAUCGGCCGAACAAUGUCGUGGCUUUCCGUGCGGACAAGCUCAGUGGGCCUUGGUCUCAGCCGUGGAUCAUCGCGCCGUUGAAUACAAGGACGUAUAAUUCGCAGUCGGGGUAUACUCUGACGAUAAAGGGAAACAAGACAACGACGUAUCUAUACCUUGGUGACCAGUGGGAUUCCAACUCUCUAUGGGAAAGCAGGUACAUCUGGUUGCCCAUGACCAUUGACGAUGGCAAGAAGGAUCUUGGUCUUGAAUGGCACGACAUCUACGACCUCGACGUUAAAUCGGGAAGUUGGAAAGAAGUCAAAGGCACAGCUUAUUACGGCAAGGAUGCCGAAACAGCAGGCAGCGCGUUCAAACAGGAGGCGAACUUUGGAAGCGACGGUGUUAUCCUGAGUGGAAUCUACGGCAACGACAGCACCGUGACUUUCACCGGUAUCGAAGGUACGGGCAAGCCACAAUGGGUAUCUUUCUACUACCAAAACACCGACGACAUGGGUUUCGGCGACCAACCUGGCGGCUCACCCGAUCGCAUCGGCGGCGCAUGGCAACUUCGCCGCGUUAGCAGCGUCGUGGUCAACGGGGAUGCGGAUAAUGUGCAGACUCUAUUCCAGCGAGAUUCUCAUAAGGGGAUCAUUUUGUCUACUCCGUUGCAGUUGACUCUGGAGAAAGGCACUCAUAACACUAUCACGGUGGGAGGGCUGUCUAAUGGGUUCGAUUACAAGGGGGCCGACUUGGAUCGCAUUAUUGUAUAUCCGCCAGAAGCAUGAUGGUAGGAUUGGGUUAAGUAAUAGUAGACGUUUAUGCGAAAAGAAAAAAAAGAUCCCGCCGUCGAACAGAUUUAUUCUACAUAAAAACAGCC